GUUGGACAACGCUUUGACAACUGAAUGAAGAAGCGGAGAACUAGUUUGACCAAGCAAACGCAGGAAGAGUUAAAGUGAAAGAGAGGGGGAGUAACAAAAAGAGAGAGAGAGAGAGAGAGAGAGAGAAAACAUUCAGGCGUAACACACAGCAGCUCCGGGUGCCAAGUCCACUCACCGCACUUUCGACUGAUAGUGGACGGCAUUUGACAAGAUAAAGUUGGUCUUCGACGGAGAAGCGACUUGUUGUUGGCUGCUGUGGCGACAGCUCCGCUGUGUCCCAGUGGAGGCAGGCUGUGGCGGGACAGACAGACCCACACAUCUGUAACGACUCACGCUCCGACUAGCACGGCGACACACGACCAGGACGGCGCGUGCCACUAUGCCCGUGCGGCAGAAAGAUGCUCAGCGAGCGCUGGAGCUGCUCCAGCAGUAUCGACUCAAACUGGACCAGAGGCAGAAGGAGCAGUCCCGGAGCAAGCAGGGCCCCGUGGAGGAGGACCAGCAGCUGCAGCAGUCUCUUGACAGAGUUAUUAAUGUGUUCCAGAGUCAGCUCUUUAAGGCUCUUCUUGAUAUCCAGGAGUACUAUGAGCUGACCAUCCUGGCUGACAGCAAACAUUCUGUCAAUCAGAUAGAAGUUCCUGGCAAAGUUGCUGCACCUUGCAACUUUCCAGCGGAUCUUUCCGUCCAGCCACAGCCGCUUUCUGCUCCCGUCAGUCCUCAAGCUCCUGGUACUGCAGGCCAAGCAAAACCAAUCACUCCUAAACCACGGUCACUCAAAUACCCCGCGCCGCCUGUCCCAUCUACAUCACCUACAGUAAAAGCAUCUUCACCCACAUCGCAGUGCAGUACACCUCAGUCAAAGUCAGUCAAGUACCGUGCUCCACCUCCCCCGAUCCAACUAGGAGCUUCCAAACCACCACAGACCUCAAAUUCCUCCUCAUCAUCAGUUGUUACAGCUUUCAUUGACACUGUGAACAACACAGAACCAAACCCAAAGAAAACAUCUCAUGGGAUGUCACUAAAUGGAACCAAGUCUCAUGUUAUUUCAACCAGCUCUGGGUUUUCUUCAGAAAGCAACGCAAAAUUACAAAGCCUUCCUGCCACUCCGGACCGCAACCUUGAGACUGUGUCCGCCCUGGUGUCAGGCACCAUCCAAAGCCUUUUGCCUCCAGCCACUCCAGACAAAUCUGUUCCAAACAGUCCUCUAAGUGCUCAAAAAGGGCCCAAAACAGUCAAGGGAGCCAUUGAUGCAUCUUCAGGUCUCUCACCCAACAAGGAUGCAGAACUAAGCAGAGCUUCCCUCAGCAAGAGUCCAGCGAGCCCCACAGAUGAAAAAUUCCCCUUUAGCUGCCGAAGCCCCACAAGUCCCACGACAAAGUUUGACAAUGGAGCUCCUCUGAGUCCAACCAGCCCAGGACAGGUGAAAGCUGCGUCUCCUUCUCCAAGUUACGACCCAGCUCGCUCCCGCUCUAAAAGCCCACUGACCCCCAUCAAAAAGUAUCGGUAUCAAGAAGAAGAGGGAGCAUCGCCGGGCGCUCCAAGACUCCUCCAGCACCCAUGUCCUCAUCAUUCAAUGGGCUUAGCCAGAGAGCUGAGGGAUGGAGGGACCCUGGAACGAGAUGGUGGGACCCUGGAACGAGAUGGUGGGACCCUGGGGAGGGAUGGAGGGACCCAGGGGAGGGACGGUGGAACAUUGGGGAGAAAUGGAGGGACUCUAGGAAGAGAAGGAGGUUCUCUGGGAAGGGAAGGAGGAAUCUGGAGGAGAGAUGGAAGUUGCAUCGGGACAAUGGAGCGGGAAAGACAACGGUCACUGGCGAGGCAUGGAUCACUUGGUCGCCACAGCGACCUGCGUGGAGCAGAGCUGGUUCAGGUCGCAGAAAGGCAGCUGUCACAGAUUCAACAUGUACACGGAUAUGUCACUCACACACACAUCGCACCUGCUCAGGCAGAAUCUCCCGAGAUUCCCUUUGAUGAAGAGGCGUGGCCUCAUCCAGAGGGAGAGAGGCUGAAUGAAGUCCCAGCCCCGCCUUUCUCUUCCCUCUAUUCACGAAGCCACGCCUACUACCAGGCCAACCCCCCUCCAGUGGUGGUCAAUGCCGACAACAUCGACACCCCUCCAUAUGUAAAUGGAACCGAAGCCGACUAUGAGUAUGAAGAAAUUACUCUGGAGAGGGGUAACUCAGGAUUGGGAUUUAGCAUCGCUGGUGGGACUGAUAACCCCCACAUUGGAGAAGACCCUUCGAUCUUCAUCACUAAAAUUAUUCCAGGAGGAGCUGCAGCUCAGAAUGGAAGACUCAGGGUGAAUGACUGCAUCGUUCGCGUGAAUGACACAGAUGUCAGAGAAGUGACUCACAGUGGGGCUGUGGAAGCGCUGAAGGAUGCGGGAGGUCUGGUGCGACUAUGUGUCCGACGCAGGAGGAGUCUUGCAGAGAGAAUCAUGGACAUCAAACUGGUCAAAGGGCCAAAAGGUCUAGGAUUCAGUAUAGCAGGUGGCGUUGGAAACCAACACGUUCCAGGGGACAACAGCAUCUAUGUGACCAAAAUUAUUGAGGGAGGGGCUGCACACAAAGAUGGACGGCUACAAAUAGGGGACAAACUUGUUUCUGUAAAUAGUGCAUGUUUGGAGGAGGUCACUCAUGAGGAUGCAGUCGCUGCACUGAAGUCAACUCCAGAUGUCGUGUAUCUCCGUGUGGCGAAGCCCAGCUCAGUUUUCAUCAAUGACCACUUCCCUCCUCCUGACGUCACAAACUCGUAUUCCCCCCAUCAAGACAACCAUAUAAGCCCAUACAUGAGCGGCAGCCAGUCUGUAAGCCCUGCUGCUCUGACCACACCUCGAUACUCACCUCUUCCCAGGAGCUUGACCACAGAUGAGGAUUUCACGAGGGAACCCAGGCGGGUGGUUCUUCAGCGUGGUUCCACUGGACUCGGGUUUAACAUUGUUGGAGGGGAGGAUGGAGAAGGGAUCUUUAUCUCCUUCAUACUCGCAGGAGGCCCUGCUGAUCUCUGCGGAGAGCUCCGAAAGGGAGACCGUAUCUUGUCGGUAAAUGGAGUCGACUUGUCAACGGCAACACACGAGCAGGCUGCUGCAGCUCUGAAGAAUGCAGGCCAGACUGUUACCAUAGCAGCACAAUACAGACCCGAGGAGUACAGCCGCUUCGAGGCAAAGAUUCAUGACCUGAGGGAACAGAUGAUGACUAGCAGUGUCAGCUCCAGCUCCACGUCGCUUCGAUCCACACAAAAACGCACGCUUUACGUCAGGGCGUUGUUCGACUACGAUGGAAGUGCGUCAGAUCUAAACACACCCAGUCAGGUCCUGCCGUUCCAUUUCGGAGACAUCCUCCACGUGAGCAGUGUCGGCGAGGAUGAGUGGUGGCCUGCUCGUCAUGUCAGUCCCCCACCCCCAAACUGCCCCGAUGUUGGGGUCAUCCCCAGCCGCAGGAGAGCAGAGAGGAAAGAGAGGUCGAGGUUAAAGACGAUCAGAGUGUCCAGGUCUCAGGACAGAUCGGAUCCAGAUGAUAGAGAGCUGGUAACCUCUGGCACCAGCGAUAGUGAAAGUAGUUCCUCUGGUCAGGAGGAGAUCCUGCUCACAUACCAGCCUGUCAUGCAGCAAGAAGUUAACUACACGCGGCCUGUCAUUGUGCUCGGACCGAUGAAGGAUCGAAUCAACGAUGACCUUAUCUCUGAGUUCCCCAGCAAGUUUGGCUCCUGUGUCCCACACACAACGCGACCACGGCGAGACUACGAGGUGGAUGGCAGAGAUUAUCACUUCAUGUCCUCCAGAGAGCUCAUGGAGCGAGAGAUUCAGGAACACAAGUUCAUAGAAGCGGGACAGUACAACAACCACCUGUAUGGAACCAGCAUUCAGUCUGUCAAAGAGGUCGCCGACAAGGGUAAACACUGCAUUCUGGACGUAUCAGGGAACGCGAUUAAACGUCUCCAGAUGGCAGGAAUCUAUCCCAUCGCUAUCCUCAUAAAACCCUGCAGUGUUGAAAAUAUCUUAGAGAUGAACAAGCGUUUGUCUGAGGAGCAGGCGAGGAAAGCCUUCGACAGAGCGCUCAAGCUGGAGCAGGAGUUCCCAGAGUAUUUCACUGCUGUGGUCCAGGGCGCGUCUUUAGAGGACAUUCACGCACAGGUGAAGCAGAUCAUCGAGGAGCAGUCUGGUCCUUACAUCUGGGUUCCCACCAAGGAGCGACUCUGAAUAAUCGCUCUCACACGCACACACACACACACUCGCACUGUCAAUACUUCCCACUCGUCUGAUUUUCUAUUAUCAGCCUGCUUCCCCUCUAACAUGGUGACACACAUGCAUAUUCACACAAGCACACUAGGUGGGCGAAGCUGGGACUAUCCGGGACUCACGUCUGUCCAGCAGCCUGUUGGUGGAUCUUCCUUCAGCUCAGUUCCUUAUUGUUCAAGGAAGUGGUUCCAAUCAAGGCGACAUGUACCAUUAUCUGAUUUAUUUCAUUACUGUUCUUAUUGUUGUUGUUGUUGUUGUUUUCAUAUUAACAAAGGGUAAUGCAUUCAUGUAUGGGUUUGUAAUGAUAAUAUUGUCACCAAGAGGCAGACUUUUGCACGCUGUAGCUUUAAGAGCAUGUUUUGGGGACAAAUCUUGAUCGUUUUCCUGUUCUGUCUGUCUGCUUGUCUUUUCUCAUUGUAUCUCUUCUGUUUAGAGUUUCAUGUUUAUUUCUGUCUUUCCUUUUCAUAUUUCAUCCCGUUCUUUUUUUUCAACAUUGACAGCCUUUAGACUCGAGGUGAAUUUUUAAAAAAUUCUAUCCUUAAGGUUCCCACAACAAUUUGGCCUUGAUGGUCAAAGAAAAGAUUCUGUUUAGAGAAAAUGUUCCCCAUGAAUUUAGCCUUUUUGGGGGAAAUUGUAUUGAGACUUAAUGCCAUUAGAUUUGAAACAAUUAUAAAUUAUAGUCAAUUUGUUUUUUAAAGUAAAAACUCAACUCAUAAUGCUGGAGCAAAACACUGAGAGCUUUGGUCCUGUAUUUUUCACAUUUACCAAAAUUAUGCUGAAAAAAGUAAAUACUGUAUACACUUUGUGAUAGAUAUUUCAGACAUCACUGUAAAUCAGAUAAGUUGAUGGUUUGAUGCAGUGUCUACAGGCAGGAACCCAACAUUACCUUUAAAAUGCCUUUUCUUGUGAGAUUUUGGUGACAGACGUGCUGCAUACUUCAUACAUGACACCACUAGGUUGUGUGUUUGUGAAAAAACCCUGUAAAAAUGUAAAAAUGCGGAGCUGAACCAAAUUAUACAUCAAAUUUCUUUGACAAAAGCAUAAACAAUCUUGGGAAUAAACUGGGGUUGAUUUGGCCAUUUGCAUCCCAUCUAGAAAUUUACAAUAGCUUAGUUUUAUGGAAAGGAGACAUGUGGGCCCUUGUUUGUGCAGAAAUAUUGACUUGUUUUUCAUGUUGAAUUGAAAUAUUAAGAAAAGGUUGGGUUUAGCAGGUUCAAACUCCUGUGUUUUUAAAAAUGUGGAAACUUCUUCAGAAUUCAUCAUUCUGUCCUAAAUGAUCACAGCAUAAACACAAUAUGGCCAAAUGAGUAAACUGAAUGACCAGCUGAGUGAUGCAUUUACAUCGUGAGAAAAACUGAGCCUCACAAGCAGACGUCUCCGGCUCUAUUUAGAAGAUAUGGCGUUGACAAACCUGUCAGUGUUGCUCAUUCUAACCUGUGAAAGUUUAAUAACAUUUUGACAUCAUUUCCUAUCAAUUCUAGCAUCUUCAAAUGUUUUCUGUUGCUUUUAAAGUGACUAAAAUGGUUGCACCAACUGACAGUGUGUUAAAAACCAACAAUUCAUGCAUUAAAACCUGAUUUUUUUUUUUCUUCUUCUGCCAAUAGCUCUAAAAAGGGUUCACUCUCGUUUUUUGGUCUAGUUUUUUUUUUUUUUUUUUCUGUAGCAAAACCAUGAAUCCUUAAAUGUCACAUCAAUGGUUUGAUUUAAGUUAGUCUGGGAUCCAGAUGCCGCAUUCAAAAGUAGAUGUUAAAAGAAUGUGUGUGAGGUAAUGGUUGUAGAGACAGGUCCUGGAUUGUAACAGCCAUGCCAGAAACCUCCCCACAACCUUCCCACAUUAUGAACUUGUCCGAAAACAUGGGUUAAAAUGGCCAUAAUUCCUUUAUUUAUCAGAAAAGAUCAGUCACCCGUUCUAGGAUAAAAACUCAUUUGCAUGGGAGUAUGUUGAAAAGAGCAAAGUGCAAUCAAAACACACCAGUGCUCCCAAGCUUUGGGGUUUUUUGCUCCUAAAAAAGUUCUGAAAUUUGACAUUACCUUUAAUGUACAACAAUGAUGUGAAGUGAAGGUGGAAUAGUACAUUCAGACUAGUGAUGAAGAUGCAAGAACAAAACUGGGUUAGAUCAACACUGUAUAUGUGUGUGAAAAUUUAAUAAUAUUUUCAUCUAGAAUUUUACAAAAUCCUGUGGAAAAUGUAGGUCCAGAUGCUCUCUGUAUGAAUUUUGACUUUGUUCCGUUCUCUUGUUUGUUUUUAUUCCUUCACUUGUCCUCCAUUCGUCCACAGUGGGACAUCAGUUGAGCUUAGACAGUGUAUCGUCUCCUUCAUCAACCCUAUGAUGUUCACCUUCCUCUUUCCUUCUUAUUGUAGUUGCAUUAAUGAGGGCUGGUUUCCUAAAAGCAUCUCCAACCACAAAGCUGAUACAUACUCCUUUCUGACCUGAUCUUCACAGCUUUGAGUUGACGGUGUCUGUAUGUCUUACAUGUGGGUCCUCCUCUGGUGAAAGCUUCUGUCAUGAAUGGUUGAUCUGCUGCAUGACUCCUUCAGUUCAAGUUGUUUUGUUUUUUUCUCUCAUGCUGCGUUUAGAACUCUGAGCCUUCUCUGUAUACUUCUGAAGCUGUAUCCACGUGGGACGUCUGCACUCCGCACAUUACUGCAUGGUACUGAGGGGAUUUUUUUUUAACCCAAUUUCCAGCUGAAGUUUGUAUCUCGUCAAACAUGUCUUCAUGAAAGUAAACUGGCAUCUGCUAAACCCUUCGCCUGUUAAUUAACAGCUAAAAAAAAUGCAAGCGGAAUCAAUCAGACUAACCUGACGUGUUUUCAAGCGUAACAUGUUCGAUGCUUUGGGUGACACACCCCAUGUACGGACUUGAAAGCCAUCCACUCCCCCGCCACCACCCUGGAGCCUGAGGCGACUCCUCCAAGCUGACAGGAGACCAGAGACACACAGAAAGGCGGUUCUGUCAGCAGGGUAGCUCCCACAUCCCAACAAUGACUUCUCCAUGUGACCAAGUGUUGAAGGCCUCAUUUCCUCCCAGAAUGUUGAGCUAAACUAAGUCUUUUCUGUAACCCUCGAGAUGAGUCGUGUUUGUCUGUUGAAAGAACUGAGCUCUGUGUGACUCUGGCUUUGUGUUUUAGCCGAGGGACCAUCUCACUGUCUGUUAGAGUAAAGCACCGAUGCAAAGAAUCUAUUACAGAGAUGGAUCUAUAUCUAACAUAUUAUAUUUAUCCCUGCUCUAACUGCCUAUUUUGGUACAAAAAAAUAAAAGUCUUGAGAUUUACUGAACUCCCUCGA